UCACGAGACAUACACCGGAUCGAGUUGACUAUCAGCUGACAGAGAUAUCUGGAAACGAGGUUAAAGCUGGCAAGUGUUUCAGAUGCUUUAGUGAGCACCUCCUGUAAACAUGGUUUCUAAAUUACACUUCUGCCUCCUAGCAACUGUUUGCUGCUUUUUUAGCUUGGUGGUCUUCUGUCAUUCAAGAAAGAUUUCCACUGAUAUGAAUUGGGGAAAAAGCUGUCCCAAGAAUGUCACUUUGGUCUAUACAAAAGCUGUUGGAAAUGAUGACACUCUCCAUUAUAUAUACAGCUCUGCUGAGCUAAUGUCUCUAUUAGCCAUAAAGACUGUAAAUGAUGCUAAACUGAAACUCAGCUGUUCAGAAAUGCCUCCAUCAGUUACUCUGGAAUCGCCUACAAGUGAAAUUUACUCGUUUGGCAUAAUAUUUAAUCAAAUUAUAGCAUAUAAUGACAGUAGUGAUAGUGCAAAUCUGUUGGGUUCAAACUACACCGAAUGGCAAAAUUACUCUACAGGAGAUAUGAUAUGGAAAAUUUCACAAAACAAAACUAAACCAAAUGAAAACUUGGUUGUUUUGGAAAGUUUUAGGGGUAAUGGAAGCUUUCAGUUUGCAUUCCAAGUCAGCGAUGAUGUUCGUCAGACACAACUUCCUCACUUGCAAUUAAAUGAUAAUUUGACCCUCGUGGGAUUUAGUGCUGAUGGGGUUCCUGCAGAUUUUGUUAAUUCUCGUUUUGCUCUCAAUGCCACCUAUAUCUCUUCUUAUCAAAGCAAAUUUGACAUAAACUCAGUAAAGUCAUUAGAUGAUGAAUAUACUCCUGGUGUAUUUAAGGUUACUACUUGGUCCUCCCAUAAGAAAUCCUACCACAGUUUCAUGCAAUGGAAAUCUGUAUGCUAUUUAACAAAUAAAUAUGAACGCAAAGAUUCCUCUUCGGUUCAAGUCUAUGAUUUAAGGAAUUCUACUGCUGGUGCUGUAAAUGAGAGUGUUGCUUUUAAAUUCUUCAAGAUGAGGCACGACAUCUCCAUGAAAAGUACUUAUAUUUCUUUUGGUUUGGCAAAUGAUGAAAAAUAUUACAACACAACACAGUUUACUUCUUGGUUUUUCAUAACUGGUUUUGGAGAGGCACCAGUAGAAAAAAUUUCUGUAGCAGCAAUCAUCAUUAUUGCUGUUGGUCUUGGUCUUCCUGUGCUGCUAAUAAUACUUGGUGGAGCCUUCUUGUGCUGGAAAAAACGCAGGAGCGACUAUACACCGGUUUAUGGAACAAUUUCAACUUAAUGAAAAAUUCUAAUUAGAACAAAAAAAAAAAAAAAAUACAGAAAAUAUGAAAAAAUUUGUGAUGACUUCCCUUAUUAAAGAUGAAUUGAUUAUUCCAAGUUUACAGACCAUGAUACUUUAAUAUUUUUUAAAACUUGAUUACAUCCAUUUAAAUCAUCCAUUUUUAAAAUAGCUCUUUUUCUUAGUAUACAUUUUCAUUUUACCUUAGUUAAUCAAACCUAAUCAGUGUUCCUUCAUCAUCUAAUUAUUUCCAGUAAUUAAGCUACAUGAGCAUGAUAUGUUUUGGCACAGCCGUUUUGGCGCUCCUUAUUUGGCAUUGCUGAUUUAUUUGACAUCAGAUGUCUUAACCCUUUAGCAUUCAGAUUGCUUUAUCAAAUAUAAUGCUUAUUUAUUCACAUUGUUUUGGAUUUAUACUUUAUUUUGUAGCUUUGAGAUUUCAAUAAUCUGAUUAUUUAUUUUUAGAAUGACAGUAUAGGGCAGGUGUGAGAUGCCCAAUCAGGUCAAUUUGAACAAAAAAAAAAAAUAUUUGGGUGUGAUAUGGCUGGUUAGGAUACUAAAGGGUUAAUGUUUUUCUUGUUCUCCCCACCUCUCUGUCUGUUUGUCUCUCCUCCUUCUCUCUCUCUCUCUCUGUUUAUGUGUGGAGCAUAUUUCUUUUUACGUGUAUAAAGAGGGAGAAAGUAUUUAUGUCAAUUGUGUUCAAUAAAUAUAUUGUAUUGUCUCUUUUUCCCACUCUUUCUAUUUGUAUGUGUAUAUUUCUGCAUGUGUGUGUGUUUUCUUCUAGUGCCAAAAUCCACUGCAUGUCCAGUUAGUCGUGCCAAAUUAUCUGCGUCCAAACAGCUGCACCAGAUCAUCUCACUCAAGUCUGUACUAUCCACUUACUCUGGGAAAAAGAAAACAAGACAUGUUAUGUGUCAAAAAGAAAACUUCAUUUAUAUUGAAUCAUAUUUAAUUUCUAACCAUACCAUACUUUUGUUAAGAGGCUUUUAGAUUCUUAUUUGCAUAGCUUCCAUUUAUUCCAAUGCAUUUUGACAAAAGAUGCAUUACAAUUGUUUUUUUUUUAUAUUCAUUUUGUACAUACACACAAAUAUUCCAUAUUGUGUCUGGAUCACAGCUUUUUAUUCUUACUAAUACUCUCUUAAAGGGCACUGAUUGGGAGAAUGUGUUGUGUAUGUGUUUGUGUGUGAGAGACAGCAAGGGAUUCUGGGUUAAAUGUGUUUUGAGUUCUGUUCUAUAAUUCAUUUGCUAACACCAUUUUUUCCCCCAAAAUUAAAAUUUAAAAAAUACAAACAACAAAUAAAAAUAAACUCAAAAAUU